UCAAAGGAGAUACACUCCAUAUAAAGGAGAGUGAAAACUCCACUUUCAAUCUGCCAGAAAAUACUGAGACUAAUUGGUUAAGUUUAACAAUCAGAUCAUCAACUUUAGGUUGUGAGAAGAAAUUACAAGGGUAUAUAAUUUUGUGUUUACGUUUAAGGAUGAAUUAGUGGGACUUGGUGGUCCCGUUUCAGUACAACGAUGUCAGUUUACACUGGUCGUGAAGCUUCAAAGCUAUGGAAGAGAAUUUGUGCGGAGACUGCAAUAGAAAUCAAUCUUCUUGUGGAGAACUGGAAGUAUAUUCUUGGCGGUUUGAUAUUUCAGUAUAUACAUGGACUUGCUGCUCGAGGGGUUCACUACAUACAUCAGCCAGGACCUACUCUUCAGGAUGUCGGCUUCUUUCUUCUUCCGGAGCUUGGGCAAGACAAAGGUUACAUAAGUGAAACAGUAUUCACCACCCUCUUUCUGUCUUUUGUCUUGUGGACAUUCCAUCCGUUCAUUUUCAAGAUCAAAAAGAUCUAUACAGUUCUGAUGUGGUGCAGGGUCUUUGCUUUCUUAGUUGUUUGUCAGUUUCUUCGGAUCAUAACAUUCUACUCUACACAGCUUCCUGGUCCAAAUUAUCACUGUCGUGAGGGUUCAAAGCUUGCCACAUUGCCUCCUCCGAAUAAUGUUUUAGAAGUUCUACUAAUUAAUUUUCCUCGGGGCGUGCUUUAUGGUUGUGGUGAUCUAAUAUUUUCAUCUCACAUGAUAUUCUCUCUAGUCUUUGUGCGGACAUAUCAUAAAUACGGGACAAGAAGGUUUAUAAAACUGUGUUCUUGGUUAGCUGUUAUUGCUAAGAGCUUUUUGAUUGUUGCAUCCCGCAAACAUUACACCGUGGACGUUGUUGUGGCAUGGUACACUGUUAAUCUAGUAGUGUUCUUUGUUGACAAACAGUUGCCAGAACUGCCUGACCGCGCUAGUGCACCGUUGUUUCUAUCACUGAGCAAGGAUAGCAAGACUAAGGAAGAGAAUCACAAACUUCUGAAUGGACAUUCUGGAGAUCCUGCAGAAUGGGUAUAGAGAAUUGCAUUCUCGAUUGUAUAUAGAUGUGCAGAACCCAAAUCAAUGGAAAGAACAUUGAUGUUGGGGUUACAGUGCAUGUUGAAGCAAUGAUGAACGGUGUAUAGACAAUACAAGGAGUGCAACUAACCGAAGGUUGGUUUAGCAAAUGAUUCCUGAUGUUCGUCUAAGUCCAAUAGUUCUGGUUGGAUACAAAAUCAAAGGUCAAUGCUGUUGAUGUCUCCAUGUUCCCUUUGGUUAAAGAUUAUCAAAUGUAUAAUGGAUUCCAUCUACAGUCAAUAAAUUAUCUUUUUCGUGUUGUA